AUGAAAUCUGAAAAAUGGACAAAUGCAGCAGGUGAUGAACUUAAUGCUCUUGAAUCUGCACAUACUUGGGAUGUUGAAUCCUUACCCCCUGGUAAGAAUGUUGUUGGUUGCAAAUGGGUGUUUACUAUAAAGUAUAAUCCUGAUGGUUCAGUGGAGAGAUAUAAAGCUAGGUUGGUUGCUCAAGGGUUUACACAACAAGAAGGUUUGGAUUACAUCGAAACAUUUUCUCCUGUGGCAAAGUUGACUAGUGUGAAACUACUACUUGGUGCGACUGCUAAGAAAGGGUGGAGUUUAACACAGAUGGACGUCUCUAAUGCAUUUUUACAUGGAGAUUUGGAUGAAGAAAUUUAUAUGAGUUUACCUCAAGGGUAUACUCCUCCACCAAAUGUCACCUUGCCUCCUAAUCUGGUAUGUAGACUUCUAUCUCUUUAUGGCUUGAAGCAAGCUUCUCGCCAAUGGUAUAAGCGUUUAUCCUCUGUUUUGUUGGGUGCAAAUUUCAUUCAGUCACCUACGGAUAAUACACUUUUUGUCAAGGAGAGUCCCGGAUCAUUCAUUGCAGCUUUGGUUUAUGUUGAUGAUAUCAUGAUAGCUAGUAAUGAUGAUAAUACAGUGGAGAGUUUGAAGGCAAUAUUACGGUCUGAAUUCAAAAUUAAGGAUCUUGGACCUGCUAGAUUUUUCCUUGGACUUGAAAUCUCACGCUCUUCCAAAGGUAUCUCGGUCUGUCAGAGAAAAUAUGCACAGAACUUGUUGGAGGAUGCUGGUUUACUUGGUUGUAAACCGAGUCCACUCCCAAUGGAUCCUAGUCUCCAUCUUACUGCAACAAUGAGAACACCUCCUCCUAAUCCUCGGUCGUACAGAGAACUUGUUGGACGAUUACUUUACCUCACCAUCACCAGACCGGAUAUCACGUUUGUUGUCCAUCAACUUAAUCAGUUUAUCUCUGCACCUUCCGAUAUUCACCUUCAGGCGGCUCAUAAGGUCCUCAGGUAUAUCAAGAAUAAUCCUGGACAAGGUCUAAUGUACUCUGUUGAUUCAGAGAUAUGCUUGAAUGGUUUCUCGGAUGCUGAUUGGGGAAAUUGCAAGGAUACAAGGCGAUCAAUAACUGGUUACUGCAUUUAUCUUGGUGAUUCUCUGAUCUCGUGGAAGUCAAAGAAACUGAGUGUAGCGAGCCGUAGCAGUACAGAGUCAUAA